GAAGGCGGGAAGGAAGGCGGGAGGGAAGGAAGGAAGGAGAGUGAGCAACCCCUAACCCGGCGCCCACCGCCUCCCCGCAGGACUCUGCUCGCCAGCAGCCGCACAGCCCACCCGCAGCGGAGGAGGAGGAGGAGAUCGCCGCCACUGCCGCUGCUGUAGGAGGAUCCCCGCGAUCCGGACUCGCUUCGUCUUGAGCUCGCCCGCCCGCCCGCCGGCAUGAUGCAGAUCUGCGACUCGUACAGCCAGAAGUACUCCCUCUUCAACGCCAUGAACCGCUUCAUCGGCGCCGUCAACAACAUGGACCAGACGGUGAUGGUGCCCAGCCUGCUGCGCGACGUACCGCUGCUGCUGGAGGAGCUGGACGCCGCCGGCGCCGUCUGCCCGUCCCGGGAGGCCUCCCUGCCGCCCGGCGACCCCGGCGCCUUCUUCUCCCGGCGGGACAUGUACAGCCACUACGUGCUGCUCAAGUCCAUCCGCAACGACAUCGAGUGGGGGGUGGUGCAGCCGCCGGCGGGCGAGGGCGGUGGGCGAGGGGAGCGGGGCGAAGGGGACACCCGGCUCCGUCGGUGGCGGCGGGAGCGGCGCGUCCCCGUCCCCGCCCGGCAGCGCUGCCGCCACGGCGGUGGAGGGCUGAGCCCCCGGGGCUGGGGCUUCCCUGCGACCUCCCAGGACUGCAGCCGGUUUUCUACCAACGCACAAGCGAGAGAGAGAGAGAUGUAA